AUGGUGGCCGUCGCCACGGAGCGCCGCGACCCCGCCACGCCGGUGGCCGCCAGCGCGGGUUCCCUCAAUGCUGCCUCCUCCCACCGGUACGAAACCCUAGCUGCCUCUUCGGCGGCGGCGGUGAAGCUCGCCACAGCGAACGACAGCAGCCACGCGGACUGGCGCUGCUCCAGCGCUGACAAGUGCCUCCACAGAUGCUCCCCUACACAACUAACAGGUACAUGCUACAUUUCAUCAAUAUUGCAGUCCGUAUCCUAUCCACGCAUGCUCUGCUUGUAUCAGGCUUUAAGCAAGCUUUACCCACUUUUUAUACCUAAAGGAAAAUUGUUUGCACAGAUGGGGGAAGAAGCUUCAUUGACAGAAAGUUGUUUGAGUAACCUUGGAGUUGCCUUAGUGGAUUCUGUCAAGAAACUGCCUUUUGAUUCCAAGAGAAGCAACAGCUGCAACUUUUCUGGUGCAUCUUCCCACUCCAUGGAGAGGCAUCAAUAUUUGCAGAGAGGAAUAUCAUUAUUAAAGACAAGUGUUACAGCCAUGACUACCUACUAUUAUAACACACUGGCCUUGGAUGUGCCAUCCAAUCUUUUUUACUUUCGAGGCUUUUGCUAA